AUGGCAGCGCCGCCAAAAGACGCCCCCUGGGCCCCUGCGACCGCGACCGCGACCAUGAACGAUAGCGCCAUAGAGUCCGCCUCCUCCGAUAGAGACGGUGCCAACGCAGCCCUCGAAACCCUGGGUUACACCCCCGAGCUCUCCCGCAACCGCUCCACAUGGAACGUCGUCUUCAUGUCCUUCAUCCUCGCCUCCGUCCCCUACGGCCUAUGCACCACCUACACCUACGCCCUGUCCGGCGGCGGCCCAACGAACAUCAUCUGGGGCUGGGUCCUCGUAUCGCUGAUUAUCCUGUGUGUAGCUGCUUCACUGGCUGAGAUUACCUCCGUCUAUCCCACCGCCGGUGGCGUCUACUACCAGACCUUCGUCCUCGCGCCGAUCUGGUGUCGGCGGAUCUCGUCCUGGGUCUGUGGAUGGGCGUACGUCACCGGCCAGAUUAUGAUUACGCUGGCCGUGAAUUUUGGAUCCGCGCAGUUCUUCAUCGCUUGUCUGAAUGUCUUCGAGGACGAGAAUGGCGUUGGCCUGACGGCGGACUGGGAGGCCUGGCAUACCUAUGUGAUCUUCCUCGCUGUCACGCUCAUCAGCCAUGCCAUCCCCGCGUUUGGGAAUAAGUGGCUCCCUUGGUUGGAGUCAUUCGCCAUCUUCUGGACCCUCGCCGGCGUCGUCGCCAUCGACAUCUGCCUCCUCGUCGUCGCGAGGAACGGCCGCCACAACGCAAAAUGGGUGUUCGGGCACUUCGAGCCCCAGACCGGCUGGCCGGACGGGUGGUCCUUCUGCAUCGGCCUGCUGCAAGCCGCCUACGCGACCUCGUCAACGGGCAUGAUCAUCACAAUGUGCGAAGAAGUCCGCCAACCCGCCCUGCAAGUCCCCAAAGCCAUGGUCGGCACCAUCAUCAUCAACCUAAUCGCGGGCCUCGUCUUCCUGAUCCCCGUGUGCUUCGUGAUGCCGGACCUCGCCGAGCUGGCGGCGUUGGCAUCCGGGCAACCCGUCCCCUCAAUCUUCAAGUCCGCCAUCGGCAACUCCGUCGGCACUUUCCUCCUCCUCUUACCCCUGAUCAUCCUCGGCCUGAUCUGCGGCAUCGGCUGCGUCACCGCCACAAGCCGCUGCACGUGGGCGUUUGCGCGCGACGGCGCGAUCCCGGGAAGUCGAUGGUGGCGCACCGUGAACAAGAAACUCGACGUCCCGCUUAAUUCUAUGAUGCUGGGGAUGGUGGUUGAGUUGCUGAUUGGCCUGAUCUACUUCGGGUCCUCGGCGGCGUAUAACGCGUUCUCGGGCGUCGGUGUCAUUCUGCUGACGCUUAGCUACGCGUGUCCGAUUGCGGUGUCGCUGAUCCUUCGGCGUCGAGAGGACAUCAAGCACGGCAGCUUCGAUCUGGGGGCUUUGGGCGUAUUUUGCAAUAUCGUUGCGCUGGCAUGGACAAUCCUCGUCAUCCCCCUCUUCAACUUCCCGACGUACAUGAGCGUCACGCUCGAGACGAUGAACUACGCGUGCGUGGUCUUCGUCGGCAUCAUCGCCAUCUCCGCCGUCUGGUACUGGGUCUGGGGACACAAGAACUACGCUGGUCCGCCGACGGAUGCGGUUGAUCCGGAGGCUGAGCGGAGUAGUGAGCCGGAGAACGAGCCGGCGAAGAAUAUCUAA